UCGUGUCCAAGCGGGUCUACGGUAGCCCACGAGGUCCGUAAAAGCUCUGACUGAUGAUUGUUGCCAUCCAACUACUAAAACAACAUAACUGUUCACGGACGCAGGUGAAGAUACAAGUCGUUUGAAACAUGAGGAGUGGCAGGUGUAGUGUGCAGUGGGGGGGUCUGCUCCUCUUUCUGUCCUGCUCCCUGCUGUGUGUUCACUCUCAGGUGGAUCCACACCACCACCCCCAGGAGCAGCAGCAGCCUCCAGUUAUAGGAAGUGCUGCUCAUGUCUCCAGUCACAGUCGCCUGGACAAAAACAUGGUCCAAGACAAAGACCACAUCAUGGAGCAUUUGGAGGGAGUGAUAGACAAACCAGAGAACGACAUGACACCACAGGAGCUCCAGCUGCACUAUUUCAAGAUGCACGAUUAUGAUGGAAACAACCUGCUGGACGGGCUGGAGCUAGCCACAGCGAUCACACAUGUACACAAAGAGGAGAGAGGAGAGAGCCAGCCACUGAAGGAGGAGGACCUCAUUGCUCUCAUUGAUGAUGUUCUGAGGGACGAUGACAAGAACAAUGACGGGUACAUAGAUUAUGCAGAGUUUGCCAAAUCACUGGAGUAGAGCAUCUUUCUGUUUCUUCGUGUUCACAACAACAGUAAGGAAUCUGCAGAGAGUGAAGGACCAGCGGUGAGCGUACGUGGAGCCAAACUGAGAAGCUGCUUUGGGAAGACCUUCAUUUAAUCUUCACCUCUUUCUCACAGGCGGUCAAUCAGGGUUAUUGGUAAUUUAUGAAGCAAAUGUUUCCAAGUUGGAUGAAGCAAUUAUUCAAGCUGAGUGAGUUCUUUUAGUUUGACUCUGGUGUAUGCUUACAAAUGAGAGUCUGCUUUUGUUGAUUCCUUGAAGUUAUGCCAUCUGUAAAGGGUCAGUUCACCCACUUGCCAAAAUGUUUCCUACUUUACCUUCAGCAGUAUGUAGCCUUCUUUCGGGUGUUUCUGUUGAGCUUUUGAGACCUCAGUGGCAGAAUGCAAAGAUGCACGAUCCUUUCUUUGUCAUCUAUUUUCUACGAAAGUACAACAGCCAGUACACAUUUUAAAAUCUGUGACCAACCCAAAGUAGAGUGGACACUGACUGUAAGAAGAACCACUGCUGCUGAGUUUUUUUACAUGUGAUGUUUGGUGUUGUGUUCAUCAUCGCACUAAAUUUCACUCGCAGCGGCGGAUCUCAAACUUCUAAAACAUUUUGGGUGAACUGAUCCUUUGGUCGUCCAACUUUGUGGUGCUGCAUUUAAUUCACCCAGGUAGCCCAACAGCGUCUAAACCGAAUGUCAUUGCUUUAAACGGGCCAGAUCUCCUUUACACACUAUUUACAUAAACUAACACACACUCAUUUGAUACUCAGCAUAGCGGACCAAAUGAUUCCUUCUGUGAAUCCAUUUCAUUUUUUGCUGUUUGUGGUGAGGAUGGUGACUCUAACAUGUUGUUCCCGCGACAACAGAACGUGGCCUUGACUUGAUCAGAUAUACAGUCUACAAGUGUGUGUAUAAAAUGGUAAACCAGCAGCAUGUCAGACAGUGUGGCACCUCACAUUUCUUUCUGAGGUGGUUUUCGCUGUUUCCCUCGUGAUUAUUACAACUACAAAAUGAGCCAAUCAUUCAGCAGAUACUUGACAUAAAUCCGUCAUCACAUAGUGAAUGUAAAGCAGCAUAUUACUGUGCAUUUGAUGAAUCUUUGUCACUGGAUAAGCUAGACUAAAGCACACUGGCUGAUGCUGCUGCCGCUGUAGUUUUUGUAGAAGCUGACUCUGUUUCGUGGGUUUCCAGUAAAGCACUUGAACACAACAAGUGUUUGCUUCAGACAUUAGCUGCCUUUAAAACAGACAUAGAGGAAAUCUGUGAGGUGAAGUGUGUUGAAUCCAUCUGUGAUUUCUUCAUAAGUGUGAUUUUCCAUAGGGAUGAAUUCUAUUUUUUUGCCAUCCAGUAUUGAUAUUUCAAUCAAUUCAGGUUGUGAAAUGCAAAUAUUUAAAAAGCGUGACAGAUGCAACUGUGUUGUCUCUGGAAUGUGACAUUAAAAAACCUGUAAACUGAA